UCGCCAUCCCAGAGCUCAAUGGGACCUCGUAGCUGUGCCAAUGACUCGCGCAUUCGUCGUCUCUUACAGUCUUACUUGUAGUACCCCAGUAUGACCGGAAUAGAAUACCCCCCAUCGAAAUAGAAGCGUGGUAGUGGUUGACCGAUCACUCGCACUCUCACUCUCCCCUGCCGUGAAAUAACUUUCUCCAAGCCAACGUUACACACACAAAAUAAGCUUCACCCCGCCAUCCACCCAACCUACCUCCUACCUACCACCUACCACCACACACCUCAAGCUUCACGUCACCCUCACCAUCCUACUACUAACUAACCCCACCAACCAACCACAACCCACCAUGUCGACCACCUCAGAAACCGCCACCGCCCCAUCCUCCAAGUUCCGCGGCGCGACAGUCGAAGACCUCGACCUCGCGCCGGCGCUCUCGAUCACACCCGAGACGACGAUCGAAGCGGCGCACGCGCUCGCGUACGAGCGGGACUACAGCCAGCUGACGGUAGUGAACGAGCGGACGCGGGCGCUGCUCGGGUACGUGGACUCUCGUACGCUGACCGUGCCAAAAUUCUUUUCGUCGCCGAACCGCCCGGUCAGCGCGGUGAUGCACUGGUUCGACCGGCGGCGGCGCGCGAAGCCCUACUCCGUCAUUACGCCCGCGACCCCGCUCGAGGAGCUGCAGGGGUUCUUUGAGCAGGGCGGUGAGCAGUUUGCGGUUGUCACUGACCCCGCCAGGAGGUUUGUCCUCGGCGUUGCGACGAGGGGCGAUUUGGAGGAGUUUUUGAAGAGGAGGCCUGAGUAGGAGAGGGGCGACGGAUGAGAUGGAAGCGAAUACUAUACCAGCUGUCUGUCUGUCGCAUCGUGUGUGUGAUUGUCGUUCCGCCGUGAUAUUGUGGAGAUGGAGUGCGAUGGCGGGGCUCCUCUGUGUAACAUCAGAUGCGGCAUCGAAG